AUGGCUGGAGGGAAAGCUUGGAAAGACUCCAGAAAGAUGAAAACCAAGAUGGUAUCCCGUUCACAGAGAGACAGUUUACAGUUUCCUCUUAAUCAUAUUCACUGGCAUCUGAAAUCAAGGAUGACAAGUCAUGGAUGUGUGGGGGCUACAGCUGCAGUGUAUAUAAGUGCUGCUAUCUUAGAGUACCUCAAGGCUGAGGUUCUUGAGCUGGUAGGGAAUGCAGUUAAAGAUUUGAAGGUAAAGCGAAUUACUCCUCAUCAUUUGCAGCUUGCAAUAAGAGGUGAUGAAGAACUGGAUUCAUAAAUCAAAGCAACAAUUGCUGGUGGAGG